AUGAGAGACGCGCGCGGUGGAUCGGACUCGCUCGUCCUGGACAACAUCGUCCAUCACGCGUCACCCGAGCUCAUAGACGUGAUGAUGGCCAAGUACGAUUCCACAAGACCCUACUACAUGCGGCACGUGGAGGGAGCUGGCGCAGAUCGCUCAGUCUAUCCAGCACGGGAGUGGCGCGGUGGGACGUGA